AUGCCAGCAGAUGGCCUCGAGGAGUGCCUGGGUAGUCCAUCUCCGGUCCUUCCAGGAAAGGAAGACGAGACAUGCUCGGAGGGGUCUGGAGCAAGCGCACGGCCAGAAUCGACCGUCCAGAUCGUGGAGAGUUUUGUCCAGUUCAUGGUAGAAAUGAAAGCCACCAGACCGAGUAUCCUGCGAGGAAUCCCAGUUCAUCCAUUCCUGCAGCAAGCACCUCGCAAGUGGCCAAGGAAUAGAAAAGACUCAGAGCAGCUAUAUAGGCUGAGCCAGGUCGUAACGAGAUUCGACGAGUUCUGGUCGCACAGCUGGCGCACGAAAGCUUGGCUGAAGUACCUCAACAUACUAUAUCUGCACAAUAGCCGACCUGCCUUUGUGGUAGGUAUGUUUUGUGCCUCAGCCGCUUUCUUCUUUUGCCGGGCUGGCAUCGUGCCAGUUCGGAUUGCGGGAGCCCCAAAUAGCUUUUGGUGCAGUGUGGCUGGUGCGGUAGGCUAUUACUCGACUCUGCUCUUCUGGCGACGGAGUAAACUUGCUUUCCUUGACAUCGCUUGCAUCAACCAGAAGGAUCAUGCGAGUAAGGUAGAAGGCAUGCUCAGCAUCGGCGCUUUCCUCAAGAACUCUCAGUCGCUCCUGGUUCUAUGGGACGAGACAUAUGUCUCAAGGCUGUGGUGCGUGUUCGAAAUGGCCGCAUUCUUGCACAGCAAGGGGCUGAGUGUAGAGGCGGAGGACUGCUUGGCGGUUUGCCCAGUGUUCGUUGGCCCCACGUUGCUGGUGGCCCAACUCAGUCUCAGCAUAUUGAUGGCCGCGAGCCUGACGAUGGGAUUCGCUUUGGUUUCUUACGUCCUCAUCUUCCAGGCUACCCUCGCCUUGCCAUGUUUCUUGCUGCUCGCCUACGUGGUCCUUGCACAUUGUCACAGCAUCGACGUGGUUCAAAGCCAAGUCAGCAGCUUCACCAUUGAGGAUGCUUCGUGCCACUGUUGCUCUCGUGGCCUGUGCGAGACAAUCUGUGACCGCAUGCUCAUCGUUCGUUGCAUUGAAGCUUGGUUCGGGUCUGUGGACAAAUUCGAAGCUGCUGUGCGAGGCGAGGUGCGCAGAACUUUGGUUCAUCAGCUCGCGAACAACAUCUUCUCGUACUGGCGCAUGGUGCACGCACUUUGCCCUCUGCUGUGGUUUUUUCUGGACCUGAUGUCGGCGCCAGGAAUGACGAUGUCUCACACGAUCUCCUACACAUUGGGGGGCUUAACAUCUUACUUACUGCUCAUGCCAAGUAUGGAUCUCAUUUGUCUGCGCUUGUGCUAUAGACUGCGUAAGUCUUUCCAUGGGAGCAGAUGCUACAAGUUGCUGCUAUCCGCAGGAAUGGUAGCUGUAGGGACGCUGUUCUACGCGAUCUACUUCGCGGUGGACCAGAUCAUUCUGGCACAACUUCUCGACACUCGUUUUCAGAGUGCUAUCCCUCGAGCCACCUUUGUGCUCGCGGUCUCGAGCGUGGGCACAUUCUUGUUGUGGCGACGCUGUCCCUCGAUGUGA